CGGCAGUCGCUCGCAGCAGGCGGCCGACACGGGUCGCUCUCGCCCACUCGCUGCGUUCUGUGCACCGCGGAUUGCGCUCGCGAUACCGCCACCAGAUGCCAAAUGCUUCAAAGGCGUAGAUGUCAAGAGAGAACUGAUCGCAUUAAGACUUAACAUUAUUAAUAUUAGUGCUAAACAAGUGCUAUUAAUUCGUACAUAAUUCUCGUUCAAGUGCCUCGCCAGUAUAUCACACAAUAUUCAUCAAAUUGACACAAGUGUAUUUUUUAUAAGUGCGGUAUUAAACGUUUAUCUGAGAAUAGAUAUCGGUCAGAGCAGAAAAGUGUAUUUCUUGAACAAGAAAAAACAAUAUACAACGAUGUUAUAAAGUGAUGGAGGUGCGUGCGCCGUAUUCUUGUGGCGCGGAUCGCGCGGGCGCUCGGGCGGUGCGGGUUCGCGCGGGCGCGUAGGGCGGCGCGGUGGCGGGUGCGCGCGCGGCGGGUGCGGCGGCGCAUGCACGCCACCGGCCACACGGACCGCUCGGGCGGCGGCGGCGGCGGCGGCUCCUGGCGCCUCCCGCCCGACGAGACGCUGCAGGUCGCCGACCCGAAAUCUGCGAAAGAAGAGGAUCUUUACCCAGGAGAUGGGCACAACUGGAGAAGCAUCAUAUUUUCGUUGAUGGUCAUCAGUUUUGUGAUCGCUGGUAUUGUCACCGCCAUAUAUUUAUUAGGGUAUGUGGACGAGUUACUGUACUGGUCCGGUCGUCGUAUGCGACUCGACGAAUUCCUGAGGGGAGACUUGACAGGCGAGCGACUACCUACCACUUGGGUCAGCUCCCAUCAGCUCGUAUACCAAGCGGACGACGGCGGUCUGUUGGCGCUGGAUACCUUCAACAACUCCCUCACUGUACUCGUCACGAAUCAUACUCUCAGGCAGCUCAAUGUACGCGGAUAUCAGUGUUCACCAAACCUACGCUACGUGUUGUUCCAACACAAUAUCAAAGAGGUUUAUCGACGAACCUUCACGGCACACUACACAGUUUAUGACGUCACAAAUGACCACCACAUCCCCUUGUUCGGUGAAGGUCAAAGCAGUUGGGAAUGGCAACACGCAGCAUGGCUCGGUACAGAGGGCGCACUGUUGCUUGUCGCAGAUAAUGAGGUCCUCGCUAGACCAGCGCCUCCAGCACGGAGAGCACCUCUACUCCGUCUUACAACCGAUGCUAGUCCAGGUCGCGUGUACAAUGGAGUAUCGGAUUGGUUAUACCAAGAGGAGGUGACAAAAACAGCAUCAGCGACUUGGGGAUCUACAGACGGCACAUUCGUUUUGUACGUCCAAUAUGAUGACAGCAAGGUGUCGGAGCUGAGAUUUCCGCACAUAUCCGAAGGGAUUGGUGGCACUGGUGCGUCCAGAUCAGGCUUUCUGCUCCCGACCCUCAACAACAGUAUUCCAUCUGUUUUCCCUGAUCACAUUUCUGUGAGGUACCCCACGCCUGGCAGUUCCAUACCUCAAGUAACUUUAUGGAUAAUAGCGGUUCAAAAUGUAACUUCUCCUCCCAGAUGGGAAGUCAAACCUCCGAGUACAUUAGAUGGAAUUGAAUAUUACCUCAUAUCAGCCCAAUGGGUGGGCAAAGAAAACUCUCACAUUGGAGUAGUAUGGAUGAAUCGAGCUCAAAAUUAUACCGUCUACAGCAGCUGUUAUGCACCAAAUUGGACAUGCACAGAGACGCAUUCUGAAAAGGCGACUGAUGAACCUUGGUUAGAAGUCCAUCAACAACCAGUUUAUUCGGAAGAUGGCAGCGCAUUUCUACUUUUAGCAGCAGUACAAGAAGGCGGAGGCCAAUACUAUACACAUAUAAAGCAUGUCGAUGUAUUGCGCCAGCGCAUGGCUGUUUUAUCACACGGUAAAGUGGAAGUCGCGAAAAUCCUAGCGUGGGAUCAGGAAAACCAUUUAGUUUAUUACUUAGGUUUUGACAACGAAAAGUUUCACUCACAUAAUCAGCAACCUGAUAUGGCCACCGAAGCUAAUCGAAUUAAUGCAGAUAGACCGGGACAAAGACAAGUAUAUGUGGUGCGAGAUCCGAGCUACGGUGGUGGAAGCAACUCCGUUAGGGCGCGUGCUGAGCGAGAAGAGCCACGUUGCUUAACUUGCGAGCUUGCCGUUUGGCCUGCUCGCCUGCAUUAUGCAAAUUGCACUUUCUGGAGUGCCACAUUCUCCCCCGCGAAACCGAAGCUAGGAAUAACGCACUAUGUUCUUGAAUGUAUGGGCCCUGGUCCACCGCUUGCUGGACUUCAUGACGCUAGAACUCAUAAGUUAGAAAGAAUAUUAUACGAUACGAGGCCUUAUAGAUCAGUACGAUUACGUGAGUUGGCAUUACCAACAAGAAGAUCAUUUGAUGUGCAGUUAAGUAGUGGGUCUAAAGCCCGUGUUCAACUAUUCCUUCCGCCUUCAUGGCGGGAGGAACUUCGUGAUGCCGCUUUUCCAGUUCUCGUUCAUGUGGAUGGGCGGCCUGGAAGUCAACAAGUAACUGACCAGUUUCUUGUAGACUGGGGAACGUAUAUGUCCUCACGUAAUGACGUAGUUUACGUUAAAUUAGACGUAGCAGGAGCACGAGGUCUUCCUCGAGCUCUGCUACGAGGUCGCCUCGGUGGAGUCGAGGUGGCUGACCAGUUGGCUGUUAUUAGAUAUUUAUUAGAAACCUUCAAAUUUUUGGAUGUAACACGUGUAGCUGUUUGGGGUUGGGGAUACGGCGGGUACGUAACAUCGAUGCUUUUGGGUUCUCAACAAUCGACGCUGAAGUGCGGUAUAGCCGUGUCGCCGAUCACAGAUUGGUUGUAUUACAAUGCAGCAUUUACGGAGCGAAUUCUUGGCAUGCCGUCUGUCAACUACAAGGGCUACGUGGAGGCGGACGCGUCGCAGCGCGCGCACCACGUGCCGCGUCACGCGCUCUACCUCAUCCACGGCAUGGCGGACAUGAGCGCGCCUUACCCGCACGCACUGCAGCUGGCGCGCGCGCUCACCGACGCCGGCGUUCUCUUCCGAUACCAAGCGUAUGCUGAUGAAGGUCACGAUCUGAAAGGCGUCAUCGAGCACGUAUACAGGUCUAUGGAAGACUAUCUCCGAGAGUGCCUCUCUCUUGAUCCAGAAGACACCAAGCUGCCUCCACCAGAUAGAUAAAAUUAAUCAUUCAUGAUAAGUCCUCAUAAGUUUUGCGAAAUUACAUUCUUUAAUUUUACAAUGAUAAUUAUUAUGUAUAGUUGUUAUCAUAUUUUGUAAAUAUGUAAAUGAGAUAGUGCUUUAAACUGUGUUCUCAGAUAAAUUUAAUUUACACCUUCCUAGAAGGAUGCUAGAUAUUAUGUAUAUUAUGUAUGUGAUUAAAAUGUAACUAAUAAAUAUUGAAACAUACUAUAAUAAUAAUGAAAACAUUCAAACAAUAAACAUGACGGGUUUCCCCGAGAUUAAAUUUUAAAAAAUACAUACCUAAUUUAUAGUAUUAAGAAAGAAAAUUACAAGUCGGACUAAAAGAAUUCAAUUAAUUUUUCAUAUCGAUAUCUUUCUAGUACGCUCCAUUGACAUCGCUUAAGAAACAUUUGCUUUUCUAUGAACUAAAAAUAUCACCUAUGAUAAGGAUUUUAAUAUUGAAAUAAAAGUUAGUGCUGUAACAAGAUUUAAAAGCUGAAACGAUCAUUCGACGCGUCUUAUUACGCUAUUGCAUUCGUGAAUUCCUCUCGUUAUUGUGUAUAUAUUGUGAUCAUAUUUAUUCAUAGCGAUUCGAGCUUUACCCUUUAGGCUUUACGGUAACCCUUUCUACUUCCAUCUUUUUAAAACUAUUGUACUCUAACCGUGUAUAACGUUAUUGAUACAUAAUUAUUACAUACCCUGUUCUUAUUAAUAAUUUACGAUAAAAGUUUAUAAAUCUUUUCUUAUAACUCUCAUAAAGUAUAAAAAAAAAUAAUGUUAAAAAAAUAAUGAGGAGCUUAUCCUUUAGGGAAUCCAUUAGGCCUUUUAGAACAUAUAUUUUAUUUUUCAAUAUUACGUUACAGAAUUUUAGCAUAAUGUUUUAUAAUGUUAUAGUGCUGUUAAAAAAUACCUCAUACGGACGUGUGAAGAAAUAAAUUUAGAAAUAAUAAUAUAUUAUGACAGAUACUUCCUAUUUGUAAUCGAUUGUAAUGUUUAGAAAAAAAGUGACCUUGAUCAUCCUCUAUUCCUCAGCGGCUUUUGCACCACAAUUCGAAUCCAGUCUAACCCUCUAGUUACUAAGUCAGUCGAAUAAUUGUUAAACGUCACUUCUAUUACACUUACAUAAUCACGAUAAUUUUAAUAUAUUUAAUUCAAGUUAAUUUAUCCGUCGACGAUAUAGAAUUAAUCUGUUAAGUAUGUAUUGUUUUAAAUAUAAUUUAUAAACAAAAAUCCUUGAAAUAUAUGAAGUAAUAAGUCGGACCAGUAAGUCUUCACACUCAAAUAUCAAAACUAUUCGUAUUUAAUUCUAUAUUGGGAUUCAUGUAGUCACUGUUUCAUUAUAAGCCUCUGAAAUAAUAUAAAAACUUAAGAAGCAUGUACAAAGUAGAGUAAUGAGCUAGAAAUUGCCUUCGAAAUAAAUGACUUAAUAAACGUCGCAGACCAUAAGCCGUGGUUCGGAAUUCGGAUACUAAUUGCUAACCGUGAAGUUACUAAAUGUAGAAACACCGUACUAAAAUAAAGAGACAAUUAUUGCUGUUGUGAAGUAAGAGUACUGAAAAGUAAAACGUAUAGUUGGUCAAUUUAAUGUGAAAAUGUCUUUUAUGAUUAGAAUUUUUAAACAUAUUAUGAGAAUAGAGACAGAAUGGCUAGAUUAUAUGAAUGUAACGUUCAUUUGAUCUUUACUGAGACAUUAGUAGCUAACUCGUUGUUGUAUAGGUAUAAUGUUGUCAGCCGAUAUAAUUGGUAAGUGUUAUCAGAUACCUGCAUAGACGCAUAUCGUACAUUCCAUGUUUGUGAAGACUGCCAAUUUGGUCUAAAUUUUACAAUUAAAAUACCUACGAUAUGUCGAUGACAUUAAUUUCAAACGCCGUUAUGGUCUUAAGGAUGCUGUGAUUCUUCUAUUGCAAAAUUUUAUCGAUAUUGUAUUAAAUAUAUUAAAUAAAUAUAUCUGCAUCUGAUAUACGUAGGGCCUAGUCAAAUCGAAUUCGUUGUAUUUAUUAAAACUAACUCUAAGGUUAACUAUAAUUUAGAACUUUUAAAAUUCUUCCAUCAAUAAAUAAAUAAAUAAAAUUGACAUAAUGUUGCUUUCAUCCGUAAAAUAUAUAACAAACCUAGACAAUAUAUUAAGGGCUAUGUAUACAUCAAAAAAAUAUGAAAAUUUUAUAGUUAUUAUAAAUAUGAGAGAGUUCGGAAACCGGGUGCUUUAAAAUUUACAUCAUGUUAUAUUGAUUUCUUUAGCGAAAAGUUCUAUAGUUAUACAAGAAUAAAUAGGUACGUUAUAUGACCUGCUGCAACGAGAAAUAAUAAUAAAAGUGCUUGCAAGGUUGAGUAUCAACUUUGCGAUACCUUAAUUAUUAGAAUGAGGAGCACUCAAUGGAUAUCUUAUAAAUUGAGAUUUUCGGUAUAAUAAAACACCAAUUUAAAACACGUAGAUGUAAUCUAAUAAUGUGACAGAUUGUUAUUAAAUAUCAAUUCAGUAUUUAAAUCACUCAAUCAUUUGCUCGCUGCUUCUCUUUCUGGUCACUUUUCCUUUCAUAAUAGUCCUUUGGUCUUCCAAUGUAGCGAAAGCUUCCAAUUCCAUAGAUAGUAUUCAUCUCUUGGGGAAAAUGUAGGAACUAUGUGAUGACUAUGUCAAUUAUUUCCUUAUCUCAACUCAGGACUACUACUUUUAUUUUAAUAAUGUUUUUGAGUCUAUUGAAUUAGUUGUAGACUUCUCCUAGUUUCCUCAGAUACAAUAGAUGUGUUGUUAAUGUCGGCCGGUAACGCUGUGUCUUUAGAAUUCUUCUGCAAGAACACUUGACUACACUCGAUACGUUAUUACGAUUAACAAUGCAAUAAAUAAUUUUAACAAUAUAUUACUUCGUUAAUAUCAUCAUUGAUAUUUAUAUUUGGGUUGAAGACGAAUAUAUUUUUAAAAUAUGAUAAUAAUAAUAGUUACCGUAACUUUUAUUAUAACAUUUACAAAUUGAUUUGUAUAUUUAAAUUUCAUAUUUGUGAAAUAAUAAAUGCGUCGAGUGUUGUUAAGAUGCAGUGUAGUGUCCGCCUUCGUAACUGUAGACUGUCACAGAUUGCUCCUUAGCGAUUAGAUCGAUGGAAAGCGCGAUGUUGAACACAAUAAUAUACAUGUCUCUCUUAUCUAACUAUCGCAAGUCUGUCUUUGUCUGAACCUGAAUCUGUUGUCAUUAGGUUAGCAAGUCAUAUUUGUUACAAGAUACAGGGCAAUCUUAUAAAUUAUUGUAUUCAGUAACGCGCCGUUUGAUGGCCCUAGAGAAAAUUUAUAUUCUACGUUGUUGUUAAUCAGUGUUAUAAAUCUUAUCGUCUCGUUUAAGAGUUACAGUGUUGUAUAGAUCGGUAUGUUUAUUUGUAAAUUCUGAGAUUAUUCUGUUAUUAAUGUAAAGUUUCUUUAAAUAAAUAAAAUUUUCAUAAUCGUUA